UUUAAUCGUCAAUACCAAACAACAAUCAAAAUGAAAGCCAUAUUUGCCCUGAUGAUCGUAUCCUUGGCCGUGGCGACUCAAGGAUCGUACCUUCAUGGUACCACCGCCGUCGUCACCGGUGCCACUGCCGCCUGGCCCUACAACGCUGGAUGGAACUCGUGGAACGGAUGGAACGACUGGAACAACUGGAAUGGUUACUAUAAUCAGCACCAUGGAUCGGUGGGCUACCCAUAUGGCCAGGAUUGGUCUCCAGCUUAUGGUGUUUAUGGUGGACACAAGACCGUCGUCCAGGCGAACCUUGGAGGUCAUGCUUCCUAUCCAUGGGGACUGCCAUGGGGAAGCUACGGUUCCGGAUACGCCGGAAACUACGGCUGGGGAAAGAAAGUUGUGUAUUGAAGUGAAUCAUCGGUCGUGAAAUAAAGAUUCUGAC